CGGUUUAUCUCGUGAUCUGAAUGCGGUCACACUGGCUACUAGCAUUUUAGCUGGAAAAAAAGCUGCAGGCGAAAAUUGGCAAUAAAGUGCAGGAGCAGCCCAAGCAUGGAACAGGCCGAAGUGGUCAGUGCGUGCCUUGCAGCGCCUAAGCGCCGCUUCCCGGCCAACGAGCGUUGUGGGCGGGAGUCAGCCGCCACGCCCCAGCAGCCAACGCUACCGCAAAUCCCGGCCGAAGAGGAGCCGCAGAUGAAACAGCGCAAAAAGGAACCAGAGCAGGAAGAGAACCUCGUCCGGGAUACGGAGCGUAACCUCCUGGACUUCUGCGAUGAGCUGCUCUUCGAGAUCUUCCAGUACCUGGACACGUCCUCCAUUAUGGCGGUGAUGCAUUGCUCGCCGCGCUUGGAAAACCUCCUACUGGACCAUCGCUUCUACCACCACAUAGACCUAAGCAACGGGCCACUGCCCAUGGGCAUCCUAGAAGAGAUUCUUGGACGAGCCAACGAAAAGACACAUACCAUAAAAAUCUGCGGACCGCCAUCCUCGCAGCAUGUAGCCGGAGAGUUCCGCCAGUUCACCCAAACCCUAAGCUCCGUAUUUCCCAAGGUUGUCCAGCUAAAAGUGCUGGAGAUGCAGGGCGUCAGCCUGGACUUCGAAUACAUAGACAUAUCCGAGUUCCCGUCCACGCUGAAGCGCCUGAAGCUCAAGGACUGCAGCGUUAGGGUUUGCAACUCGACCAAGAGCAUAUUCCACUCUAUAGAGCUGCAUCUGGUGGAUCUAGAGGAUCUCAGUAUUGAGGACAACAGCUGGUUCGAGCCCUAUUACAUUAUGGGCCUCUCGAAGCUACCUUCCCUGCGACGUCUUAGUCUCAAGGGCUGUCAGACGCUGUGCAUGUUUGUGCCCUAUGGCAGCAUGGCGGCUCGUUUCGGUUUCAAAAAGCUAGAGUCACUAGAUCUGCGCCUGACGCCCAUCAACAAUUCAGAUUUGCAGUGUUUCAUCGCCAUUGAGAACCUCAAGGAACUGCUGCUAGAGUCGCCGAUCCUGCCCUCCGAACAAGCCGCUGCUGAUAAAACCACCAACGGCAACGCCACUGACGAAGCUGCUUCCCAGCAGCCUGAUUCACUGAAAGUGCUUAAUGAUGACGAGCCGUCCACAUCGCGGGCCGCCAUGGAGCAUCUGCGUGCAUGCAAGAUUGCGUUCAAUUCGGACAACUGCAACGAGAGAAAGGAGGAGCAGACACCGGCGCCGGAAGAGCCUCCUUCGAAUAGUCAGGACCCUCAGGUGAAAAGAAUCCGAGCACCAUCAGAAUCCGAUGAUGAGGACACAUCAUCCACAUCGGCCACCUCAGCUUCCUCGUCGGACAAAUCCGAGGUUUCAUCACCGCCCAGCAAUGGUCAUAACGGCGCUGCACCCUUGAGCUCACCAGUUUUGGUUAUUUCAUUGCGAGGCAUGGGCGCAGAUAUGCCGCCACAUCCGCCUGCAGCCGAUGCAGACAAUCCCGAGGAUCCCGGGCAAGAUCCCGGAUUGAAUCCCAGACCCACGCCGCGCGCUUACAUCUACAUGCCCGACGCCAAUGACACCUCGCGACAACAGCGAAAUAUUGUGGCCGUAAUUGAACAGAGGGCGGAGCAACUCGGCCGCAUGCGCGGUAACAAUCCAGCUUGCAGUCAUUUUCUACCGCGGCGUGACCAGGUUAUCUAUGUCAAUCAACAACGCUCACCCGCAAUGAAUGUUCUGUUGCCCACACGACGACACCGCACGCAUCCGCGUCCGAACUACGAUCAGGUGGUUCAGCAUCCGAUGUUCUGGAACAUGCUUGACCCACUGGAUCGUGACUACGCUCGCCGAAUGCGCCACCGUCCGACGCCCUGUCAGACAGCACCUCAGUACUAUGUCACUGACCGGGCGAUGUUCAGCUUUGGCCGAGCAUCGCGACCGGUGCAACCGAAUGUUAUCUGGAUCCGGAACUUCAACCGCUCGCCAGACAACAGACUGGAGCGACUGUCGUUGCGAAACUACCAUCUCAUCACAAAUCUUACCCUGGAGCAUCUGGUGCAGUGUUCCCCCCAUCUCGUGUAUAUCGAUGUGAGUGGCACAAGCAUCACGCUGCCGGCGGUUCGGCGCUUCAGAAGCGCCAAACCGGAGUGUGAAGUGGUCGCCAGCCACUUGGUGGAGUAUGAGAAACUUGGAGAGCAGGAGCCACAGGAAGAGGAUGAGACGGUGGUGCUGCUGCCUAACCAGGAGGAUCCGCAGCACGACCAACAGCCACCGAGAUCGCCACCGCCCUCGCACGAGCUGGUGGCUCCUUAGAAUAUUGUUCGUCGAAGUGGGCCGUGCUGGAUUAAUUUUUUUAGAAAGACGACAUGGCCAAGCCGAUGAAACCACAACGCUGGCUACAAGCAAGUUCUGUAGCUCAGUCACCUAGUAAUAUACGCCAGGCAAAACGCACUGUAAAAAUCCAAAAACCCCAUAAUCACAAUCCAAUUCCUGUAGCUAGGCAUUAAAGAACAAGAACGCGCGAUCCUUUUGGUAAA